AAAAUGUCAAACGUAAGUUUACUUCUUUCUUUCCGUCACUUUAGUUUCGAUAAAGUAGACACAUUUUAUCAAGGUAAUUCGUCAUCAUGGUUCAGCGAUUGACACUGAGAAGGCGUCUGUCCUACAACACCAAGUCCAACAAACGACGUGUUGUACGCACUCCCGGCGGCCGGCUGGUUUAUCUGUAUGUUAAGAAGCAGCGUACGGUACCGAAAUGCGGCCAGUGUAAGGAGAAACUGAGCGGCAUCAAGCCGUCGAGGCCUAGCGAACGUCCGCGUAUGUGCCGCCGGCUGAAGACCGUGACACGUACAUUCGGUGGUGUUCUGUGCCAUCGUUGUCUGCGCGAACGCAUCAUCCGUGCGUUCCUGAUCGACGAGCAGAAGGUCGUGAAGGUGCUGAAGGCCCAACAGCUUGGCAAACCGGUCAGCAAACCACCGAAGAUUCCGAAGGCUCAACCUGCGGCUGCCGCUAAGAGCAAGUAAGGUAGCUGUAUCCGGUCCCGGUAGCGGCUUGAUAAUGCUGGUCGGGGAACGGAUGUUGUGUAUAUUAUAAGAAACUCAAAUUACAAUACCAAUAAAAUCCGGAUGAAAGGCAGGAACAGAAA